UGGCGUUUUCUAAACUUCACAAACCGCUCUUCACUGAACAUGGCUCUGUCAAGUUUCCAAACACGAACCCACCAACAGAUGAAAACAACAACGCUUACUGCGAGUUUGUGCAGUUUGCACGAAGUUAUAACAUUACACCAUCAGUCCUGAUAUCAGCCAAUCACAGCACAACAGCAAGCGGAAACUUGGCACCAGUUCAUAACGGUAUCACAACAUGGAUUGAGAACAUGAAUACGUCUGGAUUCAGAACUUGUGUCAAGGAACUGUAUGCGACAAGAUAUGAUCCAGUGUCAGUUAGUUAUUCCGUUGUAACAGACAUCUGUGAUCCUGGUUGGAGCUACUUUAAUGGCUACUGCUACUUUACAAGUGUACGUUGUACAAACUGGACCACAGCGGUGCAAAAAUGUCGACAAGUAGACUCGGUCCUUGUUGAUGUCAGCAGCAAUGAAGAGAAUGUGUAUUUACAGCAUCGACAUAAUGGCGUCAAAUCUUGGCUGGGCUUGAAUGAUAGAACCAUAGAAGGCAACUUUACUUGGGAGGAUCAAGGAGAAGGAAACUUUACAGCUUGGGCCAAAAAUCAACCAAAUAAUUUCAGAGGAGAAGAUUGUGUGCAUGCACUUGGUGUGGAAUACAGCUAUGAAUGGAAUGACGUGCAGUGUAGCGAUUGCCAUCCCUACACCUGUAAGAAAGAUCUAAAUGAAUGUGAUAGAAAGACAAAUGACUGUCAUCAGCAUGCCAGUUGUACAAAUGAACGAGGAUCAUAUUCAUGCAAGUGUAAACAAGGUUACAGUGGAGAUGGCUUUAGAUGCAAGUCUAUGCGUUCCUGUUCUCUGAUCAGGAAAAACUUAAGCAGUGUGAGCGGAAAUUACGUCACUGAUCCAGAUGGACCGGGAGGCCUGGCACCAUUCACCGUUUACUGCGACAUGAGUGACAAGAAUGGAGUUGGCGUGACAGUCAUCAGUCACGACAGUGAAAGCCGAACUCGGGUGAAAGGUACUAACAAUUACUUGCGUGACAUACAUUACACAGGAGCGAGUUUUUCACAGCUGGCAAGUCUCACCAGAGUCUCGUCACACUGCGAGCAGUUUAUUAAGUAUGAGUGUCAUCAUUCUACGAUGAGCCUUGGGUCAGUCGCCUGGUGGAUGUCACGUGACUCUACUAAGAUGACGUACUGGGGCGGAGCAUCACCUGGGAGUGGUAAGUGCGCAUGCGGGAUGACCAACUCAUGUGCAGACCGAAGUGAUGGUUGUAACUGUGAUAAGAAUGACCCUGUAUGGCGUAAAGACAGCGGUCUCCUGACUGACAAGACACAUCUACCAGUUAAACAGCUCAGGUUUGGGGAUACAGGGGGUAGCAUAGAGGAAGGCUACCACACUCUGGGAAAGCUGAAAUGUUAUGGCAUAGCAUAACACCAUCAUCUCGAGGCAAAUUCCUCAAUAUUACCUUCAGUUGCAAAAAUGUUUGGCCUAGUUUACCAAAAUAGCAAGUAGCCUUAUUUGCACGACAAUAAAUACAGUGUUGCAACAUCUUUUGUAAACUAAAACUAAAACAUUAAUGAUUACGGUGAAUAUAUAACAUGGUUAUUAUAUAGCAAUUAAGUUACAUCGGUUUGAUUUGAAAAAAGAAUAUUGUGAAGAUCAAAGCAAGAUGAAAUUAAUUUUGCUUAUUGAAUAUUAACGUAGUGAUUUGGAGAAGUCAUAGGUUCUUGUAACGGAGAUAAUUGUUUAAAAGUCGGGACGAUAUUUUCCAUUUGCCAAUAAAAUUCACCUCUUAGAAUAGAGUAUUUAAUGCAGUACCUAAGAAAGUGAGAUUCAUCUUCAAUUUGAUUAGAUUCACAAAUGGAGUAGAGUCUGUUAACCCUUGGAAUUUGAUCAUAUCUUAGUUCAGUAACAAAAUUUAGGUUCGGGGUCAGAUUCUACUUAUUACAAAUUAAUGGGUAGCAGCAAAAAAGGCCAAAAAGUAAGCGAGAAUAAGAAAUUGGUUUUCACUCCGUCUCUAUCAUGUAAAACAAGGAAGCUCCGUAUGACAUCGUGACAGCUGUGAAAAUGUCAGCCUCGGGAAAAUUGUAAUGUAACCAGACAAAUGAAAAAAUAAAGCAAGGAAAAUUGUUUAAGCUGUUGUU